AUGACAACCGCCCUCAGAAACUUCCAUACCUCAUCCGCAAAGUUGCAUGACGCCGCCAUCGUCGGUCUCCAUGCCGACGGCCAGCUUUUGGUCCCCCGAUCCAUCGCAGCCAACGGCAAGGACUCCCUCGCCACCAUCCUCAAGGCCGCCGGUGCCAAGGGCAAGGCUGGCGAGAGCCGCGUCUUUUACGGUGACUUCGGCCUCGGCUCCAAGGUCCAGAAGGUCGCCGUCGUUGGUCUCGGAAAGCAAGGAACUAGCGCUGCUGCCAAAGAUCGCGUCCGUGCUGCUGUUGCCACCGGAGUCAAGGCUUUGAAGGCUCAGGAGGCCAAGGAUAUCGGUAUUGCUGGAAUGGGCCACGACCAGGCUGCUGCCGAGGGAGCUUCGCUCGGACUCUACAACUUCAACUACUUCAAGUCAGGAAAGAAGGGCGCUGCCGAGGACAUCAAGAUCUCUGCUUUGGAUCUUGAGAGUCCCGACGAGAUCCAGGCAUUCAAGAACGGCCUCAUCCAGGCCCAUGCUCAGAAUUUGGCCCGUAUCCUUAUGGAGACUCCUGCCAACCACAUGACUCCCACCUUGUUCGCCGAGCGUUUCCUCAAGGAGGUCGAGGCCUUGGGAUUGGGGGGCAAGUUGAAGGUCCAUGUCCGCGACCAGACCUGGGCUGAGGAGCACAAGAUGGGUGCCUUCCUGAGCGUCUCUCGCGGAAGCGAUGAGCCCCUCAAGUUCUUGGAGAUCCAGUACGAAGGAGGCAAGGCUGGCGAUAGACCCUUGGGCUUGGUCGGAAAGGGUGUCACCUUUGACACUGGUGGAAUUUCCAUCAAGCCUUCGGCCAACAUGGCUGCCAUGAAGGGAGAUAUGGGUGGUGCUGCCACCGUUGCCGCUGCCAUCUGGGGUAUUGCUGCCUUGAACCUGCCCAUCAACCUCGUUGCCGGUAUCCCCCUGUGCGAGAACAUGCCCUCAGGCAGGGCCACCAAGCCCGGUGAUGUCGUCACUUCCAUGUCGGGCAAGACCAUCGAGGUCGACAACACCGAUGCCGAGGGCCGUCUCAUCCUUGCCGAUGCCUUGACCUUCAUCUCCAAGAUCUACCAGCCCCAUACCUUGAUCGACUUGGCCACCUUGACCGGUGCCAUGGAUGUCGCCUUGGGAGGAGCCUACGCCGGAGUGUUCUCGACCAGCAACUCUCUAUGGUCCGAGUUGGACGCCGCCGGAGAGGAGGCCCACGAGGCCUUCUGGAGAAUGCCCCUCCACAGCGUCUACUUGCCCCAGAUCACCGCCAACACCGUUGCCGACUUGAUCAACACUGGAGGACGCAGUGCCGGAAGCUGUACCGCUGCCAUCUUCUUGCGCGAGUUUGUCCACGGUGUCGAGAGAGACGACGGAUUCGCCCAGGCUGAGGAUGAGCCCUCCACAGAGGUCGGAACUCCUUUGGAGGCCACUGGAAACGUGAAGGCCGGUAGCGUGCGGUAUGCCCAUAUCGAUAUUGCCGGAGUCAUGGACACCACCAGCAGUGCCGGAUACUACGCCAAGGGUAUGACUGGUCGCCCUGCCAGAGCCUUGAUCGAGUUUGCCAAGAAGUUUUCUUCUAACUAA